AUGUAUGAGCCGCUGUACUUUGCGUUUGACGCCUACCCUGCUGCGGUUCCCCGAGUCAGGGUCCGAGGCGUCAUGGCUCUCUUCCUGGCGGGUUCAAUCCUAUGGGCGUUGAUCUGGCUGCUUUACCGUGCAUGGCAGGUCUGUCAGACUUCUAAUGAGGUCUUGGUGGAAAAGCUGGGCCUUGAUAUUCCCCCACCGCCGGAGGUAACCCUGGAGGAAAUCACAGCCCGAGAAAUUCGUCUUGCAUGGAAGCAACCAGACUUUCAUAACUCAAUACACAAGCAUAUCAUUCAGGUGAACAAUGUGAAAGUCGGAGAAUCCAAGCGGGCGGAAACUGCGGUGGAAAUCUCGAAUCUCAUACCUGGAAAUAUUUACCACAUAUGCGUUCUUUCUCUCAGCGCCGCGAACUUUCAAACCCCAAGUGCGAUCCUUCAUGUCCGAACGAAAUCUCUUCCGCUAUCCCAGGCCCAGCAAAAUGGCAAUGUCGGUGCUCCAAUCAUUCGCGCCUCCAUUCCCAGGUCAACAGUCGGUCUACCCACACCAUCGGCCCCUAUCAUGUCGCGCGAACAUAGCGCAGGUCAACUUCCUGGCAAACGCCCAUCCGCUGGGCGCAAAAUCUCCCCCGCUGCUGGACUAGACACAUCCCACGGCAAUCUCGAUGAAACGCAAAAGAGCAGAGCCAAAAGCCCCAAAGAUGAAUCGUUGGAACAACUAGCGGACCGCUUGAAGUCAUUACAGCAAGAAAACGAGAAUGUGGAGAAACAAGGGACUGAGGAGGAGGACGAGCAUAUCGCAUUGCUGAAGGACCUUGAAAAGCAGCGCAGUGAACUGAGAAAGCGUGUUCGUGAGAAGGACGAGGCAAGCGGCGAUUUGAAAAAGCAUGUCUAUAAGUUGGAAAGUGUCAAUCGGACAGUGCAAGGCGAAAAGUCCAAGCGCUUAAGACUUCUUCAGCAGAAAGAGGCAGAGCGCAAGAAGCGCAAGAAUGACAUUCUGCGAUGGCAGGAGAAAAUUGCGCGCAUGGAGACUGAUGCCACCCAAGCCAAGGAGGAUAAAGCUCGGAUUGAAGAGGAGGCGGCUGCACGCGCAGAGGAGGUCCGAGCCAAGAUUGCCAAAGAGCAGACCGAGAUGAAGAUGAUCGAUGAUGAGAUUCAAGACAAAGGAGGUCGAGUUAAGAAGCUCGAAGAAGAGAGAAUGGGGCUUCAAGAGGGCGAUAGUGAGGAUGGCAAAGAGUUGGAUCGCAUCGACAACGAGCGAGCUCGUCAAUGGGAGCACAAGUUGGGCAACCUACACGCUCGCUAUACCACUCUGGUGAACCUCCACGCCCAAGCCCAGCAACAGUACCAGGAAGCUCAAGAGCGGUUGAAAUGGCUCACAGCCCAGCGACCUGGCAGCUCAGGGCCCUUUUCCUUGCCGAGUCUCGAUCUUGACAUGUCAAAUACUGCCACCAUCCGUCCCCGUCGCCAUCGCAGCUCACUUGUCAGCAAUGUCUCUUCUCCUGUGAAUUUUCCAGGCAUUGAAACCUCGUUCCCAGGUGGCCUUGGCUACAACCCACCCGCCGGUCACUCACCUACCUUUGCCCCCAGCUCAGCAUUUUUCAACAUCAACAAUGGCAUGGCUCUUGCUGGUCUGUCCGAUCCCCCAGAGAUCAUGCGCUCUGAUGCGGAGGUAGCUUUCAAUAAUCCGCAAAUGAGCCCCCGUGCAGAUGCUCUGUUACCAUCUGAUCUCCUUGGCGACGAGGAAUCGCCUGAAUUUCCACGAUCUAUCACCCGUCCAAGAUUCUCAACUCUUGAAACUCCCGGUCCUUCAUUGGAUGGCUUCGGCCAUGGCCCGGUAUCACCCGUCUCAUCUGACAGUCGAGCAGGCAGUAUCUUUGCCAGUCCACUGGAAAGUCAAACACGACAGGAAUCCGAAUCUCAAGGAGUGCAUUUGUCUGCUGUUGGGGAUGCUCCGAAAAGCGCAUCCCGAAGGCUCUCUGGGCUAUUUGGCUUUCAUCGACCUCGUGGAAAAACUUUGGCAGAUGAAUCGCCUAUGCUGGGCACAUUGAAACCAGGUCAAAGCCAAUCCUUCCCUCGCAACGUCGACGAGCUAGACCCAAUUGGUUCACGGCGACGCAGAUCUAGCUAUACUGGAAACUGGGCAAACCCGAUGUCAUUAUUCCCUCGGAGCAACACUACUGGCGUUACCAUGGACAGUUCUUCUGAUCAUGCGCCUUCUCGACGAGCUGCUUUCUCCAGUAUCUUCUCAUCCAGCAAGUUUGGCUUCGGCGGUGCUGGCACCCGUGGGAACUCUGAUCUCAGCACUGGCUAUAACCAGUUCAGUCCUCGUCAUGAUCCCAUCGAUCCAUCUUCGCUUUUGGGCAGUGUUAGACGGGGAUCCUUAUCCCCGCGGCCUUCGUCUGUUUCCUUCGACAAUCAGAAUCAGCUCCCUCAUCCGUCUACUGACAACCGCCAUUUCGGGUGGCCCUCAACCGAGAAUGCCGGACACCGUAACAGCCCCCUUGGUUUCGACUGGGCUUCGCCAACAACCUGGUCUCGUGCUCCUUCCAGGCGCCCUUCAAUUCAAUAUGGAUCGUCAGGUCAUCUUCCACUGGGUCUAACUGGUGAACCUGACUUUGUGGAAGACACCUUCGAGCGCCACCACCGACCACUUCAGGCGCCCAUUGGCACUCGUCCUUCGUCAUCUCAUCGGCCACUCACGCCAAAGCUGAACCCCACAGCCCCAGCUUUCACUGCCGUAUUCACGGGCGAGAGCCCCAAUGAUCAGGAAAAGCUCAAGGCUCCUGGCAGCCCAUUCAGCUUCAACGAGUUUGAUCGCUCUCCUUCCGAGCCUCGCACAUCUCGCUCGCUCUCUCACUUUACUGGAGAAUCAUACGAGUCCUUGGAACGCAUGCAUUCGGGGGCUUCUGUCGAUAACGGGUCUAAGGAGUCCUUCAUCCGCAAGAUCACGCGCAAAGGCAGCUCUAGCAAGUUCAGCUCAUGGAAGGAUCGCUCGGGAUUCUUCUCCAAGAAGGCCGACUCUGCACAGGGUGACCUUGAUGGAGACGCGGCUGCCGAGGCACAGCUUGGCAAGAGUAUUGACAGCACUGCCUCGAGCAUACCCUCUGGCGACCGCUCGACUCGCAGUAGUCUGGGCUUCUUUUCUCGCAAAUCUCGCAGGUCUGACAAGGCUAGUGAGACUAGCGAACUUGCUAGUGAAACUGGCGAUGAAGAGAUUCCGGAGGAGGUCGAAGCAUCGUGA